AUGGACAAUACGGAGACAAUCACAGGAGUUGUCAAAUUACCAGACCGUACCCCUACUAAACAUGAUAUCGCCACCGGUCGCGACCCAGACCGCGUCAAAAUAUUUGACACCACGCUCAGGGACGGUGAGCAAAGCCCUGGGGCCUCGCUGACUGCUGAUGAGAAAAUGGUCAUCGCCCGACAGCUUGCCAAGCUCGGAGUUGACGUCAUAGAAGCUGGAUUUCCGAUCGCCUCGGAGGGUGAUUUUACAGCUGUUCGUGAAAUUGCUAAGAGCGUUGGGAACAGAGAUAAUCCCCCUAUCAUUUGCGGCCUUGCUCGAGCUCUUGAAAAGGAUAUUUCAAGAUGCUAUGAGGCCGUCAAGCACGCCGCUUUUCCCAGGAUUCAUACUUUUAUUGCAACGUCUGAUCUUCAUAUGGCGUACAAGCUGAAGAAAACCCGCGAAGAAGUGGUUGAGAUUACUAAGGAAACCGUCACGUAUGCGAGGAGCCUUUGCGAAGACGUGGAAUUUUCCGCAGAGGAUGCUAUUCGCUCAGACCCGGAUUUCCUCUGCGAAGUGUUUUCUGCUGCCAUCGAAGCAGGGGCUACAACUAUCAAUGUUCCUGAUACCGUUGGCUACACAACUCCAUCAGAGUUUGCUUCCCUCAUUCGGUACCUGCGCAGAAACGUUCGUGGGAUAGACGACGUAACCAUAUCUGUACAUGGCCAUGAUGACCUAGGUAUGGCAGUCGCCAACUUUCUCUCUGCCGUGGAGAAUGGGGCUCGUCAAAUGGAAUGCACGAUUAAUGGUAUUGGUGAGCGAGCUGGCAACGCUUCGCUUGAGGAAGUCGUUAUGGCUCUUCACGUGCGACGCCAGUUCUACAACGCUCGCAUGGGAAAGGACAACAAAGUUGACGCACCUCUCACAAAUAUUGUUCAUAAAGAAAUACAUCACACAUCGAGAAUGGUUUCAAACCUCACGGGGAUGCUCGUGCAACCGAACAAAGCUAUAGUAGGUGCCAACGCAUUUGCCCAUGAGAGUGGUAUUCAUCAGGACGGUGUUCUCAAGCAUCGCCAAACUUAUGAAAUCAUGGAUGCGCAAUCUAUUGGUCUUUCAGAAAACUCCAUUGUUCUUGGGAAGCAUUCAGGGCGCCACGCGUUCCGGACUCGGCUCGUGAAUAUGGGAUAUGAGGUGACCGAUGAAGAGCUUGAGAGGGCUUUCAGAAGAUUCAAGGAGCUAGCGGACAUAAAGAAGGAAGUUUCUGAGGCAGAUCUUCAGUCACUUGUCAACGACGAAGUUCGACUGGUGAAGGAAGCUGUUAAGCUUACUCGAAUCCAAAUCCAAUGCGGCUAUCACAUCAUCCCGACGGCAACGAUAGGUCUGAUCCUUGUUGACGACGAUGCGGAGAAGACCGUGACGUCUACUGGGACAGGCCCUGUAGAUUCAGCCUACAACGCGAUCAAUCAAGUAAUUGAGGACAUAAUCCAUGUCACUCUCCUGGAAUAUAAGGUGAGCUCAGUUUCCAAGGGCAUCGACGCUCUGGGGGAGGUUGCAGUACGAGUUCAGGAUGGGGCAACUGGAAAUCAGUAUAUCGGUGCUGCCGCUAAUACCGAUAUUGUUGUUGCUUCUGUUCAAGCAUAUGUGAAUGCGAUCAACAGAUGUCAACUGAACAACAAGAAACCUAAGAUUCAUCCCCAAUACGGGAAUGCCAAUAGUGUCUAGAAUGUAGAAGAGACAUUGCGAUACAAAGCUUCUCUGGAGAUGUACCUCGAUUUCUGGAUUACUGCUUUGUUUAAUCGCCACUUCAGGUCAGAGCCGAACAUUCUUGCAGUCUACUGGAUGAAUUGCCUGCGAAGCACAGCUACAGGGUCUCUGUAGUUUCCCUCCAUGCCCGAGUUCGUAAUAAAGUAUUUUCACCCUGAUCUCGUUAGCAAU